AUGUCUAAUAAAGAUGAUGUCCUGCUGAGAAUCAUUGAGGGUCAUAAAACCACCCUGAAAAAUAAGUAUGAGUGCUUAUACGAAGGUGUGGCACUGAAAGAAAACCAAACCCUCCUCAACAGCAUUUACACAGAGCUCUACAUCACAGAGGGAGAGAGUGAAGGAGUGAAUGAGAAACAUGAGGUUUUACAGAUUGAAACAGCAUCCAGGAAAUGGGUUUCUCAAGACAAACCAAUCAGCAGCAAUGACAUCUUCAAACCCUUGGACAGACAAAAGCCAAAAAUCAGAACUGUACUCACCAAGGGCAUUGCUGGCAUUGGAAAAACAGUCUCUGUGCAGAAGUUCAUUCUGGACUGGGCAGAAGGAAGAACCAAUCAGGACAUUGAGUUCAUGUUGGUUCUUCCUUUUAGAAAACUGAACUUGGUUAAAGAUGAACAGUUCAGUCUUCAUGGACUCCUGCUAGAGUUUCACCCAGAGCUGAAAGACUUGGAUCCAAAGAAAUAUAAUGACUGUAAAAUGCUGUUCAUCUUUGAUGGUUUUGAUGAGAGUCGACUUGAGCUGAAUAUUCCUGAGAGGCUGUGUGAUGUGACCAAAACAUCAUCAGUGAAUAUACUGAUAUCAAACCUCAUUAAAGGAAACCUUCUUCCCUCUGCACUCAUCUGGAUAACCUCCAGACCAGCAGCAGCCAGUCAGAUCCCCUCUCAGUUCAUCAGUCGUGUGAUAGAAGUCCAAGGAUUCAGUGAUUCACAGAAAGAGGAAUACUUCAGAAAAAGAGUCAGUGAUGAGAGUCAAUCCAACAGAAUCAUCUCACACAUCAAGACAUCAGUGAGUCUUCACAUCAUGUGUCACAUCCCAGUGUUCUGUUGGAUUUCAGCCACUGUGCUUCAGGAAAUGCUGCGUCAAGACAAUGUUAAAGAGAUCCCUAAAACUCUGACUGAGAUGUACACACACUUCCUGCUCAUUCAGACUAAAAUGAAGAAACAGAAAUAUGAGGACAAAGUAGAGACAGACUCAAAGGAUCCUCUGGAAUCAAGCAAGGAGAUCUUUCUGAAACUUGCUAAACUGGCUUUUAAUCAGUUGCUGAGGGACAAUAUCAUGUUUUAUGAUGAAGAUCUGAGAGAAUGUGGCAUUGAUGUGAGUGAGGCCACAGUGUGCUCUGGGAUUUGUACUGAGAUCUUUAAGGAGGAAUCUGUGCUUCAUCAGAAGAAGGUCUACUGCUUUGUGCAUCUGAGUUUUCAAGAGUUUUUUGCUGCUCUCUAUGUGUUUUACUGCUAUGUAAACAAGAACAUGGAGGAACUUGAGAAUUUUCUGCCAGAAGAGACCAGAUCCUUGGAUGAGUUGCUGAAGAAAGCUGUGGAUAAAUCUUUGGAGAGUAAGGAUGGACAUCUCGAUCUGUUUGUCCGCUUCCUUCAUGGCAUCUCACUGGAGUCCAACCAGAAACUCCUACAAGGCCUGCUGACACACACACAGAACAGCCAGGAGAGCAUCAAGGAAAUAAGCCGUUACAUCAAAGAGUUAAAUAAAGAUGGUGUCCCACCUGAGAGAUGGAUCAAUCUACUGCACUGCCUGACUGAAAUGAAUGAUCACUCUCUCCAUGAAGAAAUUCAAGCUUUUGUCAAGUCUGAAAAUUACACAACUGAACUCUCACUUGCACACUGCACAGCACUGGCCUACAUGUUUCUGAUGUCAGAGGAGGUGCUGGAUGAGUUUGACCUGAAGAAAUACAUCACAUCAGAUGAGGGUCGUAGGAGACUGCUCCCAGCUGUGAGGUGCUGCAGAAAAGCUCUACUCAGAGACUAUAACCUCACUCAGCAGUCCUGUGAAACUAUUGCCUCAGCUCUGAAGUCAGAGAACUGCCCCCUGAGAGAACUGGACCUGAGUAACACUGAUCUUCAGGAUUCAGGAGUGAUGAUGCUCUGUGCCGCACUAAAGAAUCCAAACUGUCAACUGGAAAUACUGAGAUUUGCUCUCUGUAAACUCACUGAACAGUCCUGUUCAUCUAUAGCCUCAGUUCUACAGUCAGAAAACUGUCCCCUGAGAGAACUGGACCUGAGUAACAAUGACCUUCAGGAUUCAGGAGUGAAGUUUCUCUGUGUGGGACUGAAGAAUCCACACUGUAAACUGGAGAUACUGAGACUUGCUGGUUGUAAUCUCACUGAACAGUCCUGUUCAUCUAUAGCCUCAGUUCUACAGUCAGUAAACUGUCCCCUGAGAGAACUGGACCUGAGUAACAAUGACCUUCAGGAUUCAGGAGUGAAGUGUCUCUGUGUGGGACUGAAGAAUCCACACUGUAAACUGGAGAUACUGAGACUUGCUUAUUGUAAACUCACUGAACAGUCCUGUUCAUCUAUAGCCUCAGUUCUACAGUCAGUAAACUGUCCCCUGAGAGAACUGGACCUGAGUAACAAUGACCUUCAGGAUUCAGGAGUGAAGUCGUUCUGUGUCGGAUUGAGGAAUCGACACUGUAAACUGGAGAUACUGAGGUUGUCUGGUUGUUCAGUGACAGAGGAAGGCUGUUCCUCUCUAGCUUCAGCUCUGAGUUCAAACCCCUCACACCUGAGAGAACUGGAUCUGAGCUACAAUCACCCAAGAGUCUUAGGAAUAAAGCUGCUCUCUGACAGAAAGAAGGAUCCACACUGUCGACUGGACACACUCAAACUUGCUGGUUGUAAUCUCACUGAACAGUCUUGUUCAUCUGUAGCCUCAGUUCUACAGUCAGUAAACUGUCCCCUGAGAGAACUGGACCUGAGUAACAAUGACCUUCAGGAUUCAGGAGUGAAGUUUCUCUGUGAGGGACUGAAGAAUCCACACUGUAAACCGGAGGCGUACACUUCCUCCUUCAACUGCUGCUUCAAAUCAGGCUGGUUCCUCUGGUCAGUUUUAAAGAGCGGGUCAAAAAGUUGGGCCAUGACUGAGCUCUGUGGAGGAGGGGAAGACGCUGCCUCUGACUCUGUCCUCAAUGGACCGACCUCUGUCGAGGCUUUACUCAAAGCCACUUUUUCGGAUGCUAUCGUUAUCAGCCCUUACUGUACGUUCAAACUGAGAGUGGCGAGAGCGUCAAAGUGA